AAAAAUAAUGAAGAAAAUUAAGAAGUUACAAGGAAAGUUAAAGAAUGUAAAAAAUAAAGAUCAACCUCCAGAGAGAUCACCAAGCCCAUACAUACCUGAAGAUUUCUGCCUCGCAUAUAACGAGGAUGACGAUUCUAUUUACCUACCGCCAAGUGAUUGGGCCGGCACAAUGACACCAAAUUGCGAGCGAUCACCGCCAGCUAACUCAUCGAACCAAGAAGCUGCACUUCCUCAAGUGGCAGACUUGUCGCCACAGCCUGGACCAUCCUCGGCAUGCGCAGCACCAACAGUUCCGGUACCAGCAGCCGAACAAGACCUCGAUGAUUCUAUACUAAGUCUCUUGGGCGAUGCACCCAAACCUGAAACUGUUUUUGGAAACAAUAUCCACAAAGAUGUUGCUACAAGAUGGCAAGAAAUACUCGCCAAAGGGUUACCCAAAGAAACCAAAGAAAAACUGGUAAGUGAAUACCUUAUUCCUGCCAACUGCGUCCUAUUGGUACCGCCAAUCUUAAAUCCAGAGGCGAAAGCGGCACUCCCGGACGCUCUGGUAAAAAGAGAUUUUUCAUUGCUAAAUAAACAAAAAGGUAUAGCAGCAGCGCUUGCCGCCCUAGCGCAGGUAACCGACAUGUUGAUAUCUAACGAAUUUUCAAGAGAAAAAUUGUUAAAACCACUCAGUGAUGCCAGCCGUCUUCUCUGUGAUAGCCACCACAUAGAGACGAAAACAAGGCGUAGUUUCGUCAUAUCGUCUAUCAACUAUAACCUAAAAGGUGCACUUAUAGAGGCAAGUCGAGACAAGUUUUUAUUCGGAGAAAAUUUGACCGAAAAAUUAAACGCGGCAAAAACUAUCCAAAAAUCAGGUGACACGUUGAAAAAUCAACAGCGUCCACAAACUGGUAAAAAUAAUGUAAACAACAAGGACAAACCCAAAGGAAGGUUAAACACCAGAGCCCUGCAUCCCAGACAGACAACGGCCAGGUUCGAUGCGGGGCAGAACCGCUCAGCCGCGUACAGAGCACCUCCAGCAGCCAGGACUCAUCCACCGCCGCCCCGCCGCACCCGCUCACCGCAGCCGCCGCCGCCGCCGCCCCCCAGGACCCAGCAACACCAACACUAUCGGCGUUAGAACCGCAGCAAUCCGAGGUACAGUACGCUGGUCGUCUUAGCAAUUACACUCAUAAGUGGACUGACAUAACCGACGAUGAAACUGUUCUCGACUGGAUUAAAGGAUAUGUGAUUCCAUUUCAAUCAAAACCUAUACAGUAUUCACAACCAAACGUUUACCCAAAAUCAGAACAAGAGUCAUUAGAUUUUGAAAUUGCAAUUAAAAAAUUGUUAAAUAUUAAUGCCAUUUCCAAAUGUAAUCAUGUUGAGGGAUAAUUUAUAUCCAGCAUAUUUUUAGUACCUAAACCGAACGGUGAAAAAAGAUUCAUUCUGAAUUUAAAAAACCUGAACAAAUUUAUCCAGCCUUCUCAUUUUAAAAUGGAAGACUAUAGAACAUCUAUGAAGUUAAUAAGCGAAAACUGUUAUAUGGCAUCAGUAGAUUUAAAGGACGCUUACUUUUUAAUUAAUAUAAACAAAUCACAAAGAAAGUAUCUCAGGUUCAAUUAUAACGACACACUUUACGAAUUUAAUUGUUUACCUUUCGGUUUAUGUACAGCACCAUUUGUUUUCACUAAGAUACUCAAACCAGUCAUGCAAUAUUUAAGAAGUCAGAAUUUUUUAUCGGUUAUUUAUCUUGAUGACAUACCUACAAUGCAUCGGACG